GGUGAUUCUGCCAUGUGGUCUCGAAUUUGAGGAACUGCUGCCGCAUCCUUGUGCUCGCCGCGGCUGUGUUGUUGCAGGUCGAAAAUGCGUAAUGCUCUCUUGUCUGCUUUGGUCGAAGGGUGGCAGGGGCACGCAGCUUACGCUACGGCGAACACGGAUCGUGAAUGGUCGGCCUGUUUUUCUUCCCUUCGGGUUUGUAGAGGAUUUUGGUUUUUUUAUCGCUCUUGUGUGCGAAGAGGACACCAGGCUUGCGGGCGUGUUUGUUUUUCCUCGAUGCUAUCUCGUCAAAUGGGGAAUCUGCGGGGAGCAGCUUUCAGGCGGACAAACUGCUAUGACUCUCUACCCACCUGGUCACAACAAUCCAGCUGCUUAUCGGCACGCGAAAUGUGCUGGAGCAGAGGAACAGCGCAAAUUCUAUAUAGAUUUGACUCACACGGCAGACACUGUGACGACGAGCUUAGUCAUGAUCGACAAGUUUCGAAGCAUUAUAGUAGAAUCUCAUGGUGAAAACGAUGCUCCACCCUCUGCUAGCAGUGUCAUCGAGAACAAGACUUGAAUUCGAGGGUAUCGAAAGAGUAGUUGAUUGCCAUUUCCAGUGUAUUACCACCCCCACUGGUGUCAUUGUUUGCGAAAUUUCAAGAAAGCCUCAAUAUCGAAUACACCUAGUGUCAGAAUCAUCGACAAACAGGCCGACUAAGUGACGCAUGCAUCAUGUGCAUAGACAGGCGUAAUUCACGUGUGGUGGGCGA